GUAACGUGACGUUACAAAUUCUCCCGCGUCUGCCGUGAAUGAGGCGAUUGAACCCGGAAACGGCCGAAGGGCCUCGAGGGUGUCAAUCGCCGAAUUCGCGAACAGACGCGACACUUGUUGUUAGACCACGACACUUAUCUCGUCAUUUCCCUCAAUUAUAUAUCUCGCUCGUGAUUCCGUGUGUGAUUUUCCUUCGCUGUAAGUUCGACUGCCGUCCAGUGUUUUGGAUUAUCGACAUUCAAAAUGAACCGAAUCCACUUGAACACAGAAGGAACAAAAAAAACUACGUUAGAAGGAAUUACCACAGAGAUAAAUAAAAUGCAAGAGAAAAUUAACAAAAUUACAACAAAAAUGAACAAAUACAAGAACAAAUAUAACGAGCUGGAGGAUAAACGACAAGAAUUAAAAAAUCAAAUUAAUAGAUUAAACAUUUGGAAAAUAAAUAUAAAUAAACCUCUAAACAACAACAGCAGCGAAGAAGAAUCGAGUUCAGAACCGGAGACGGUAGUAGAAAAUAUAACCAACCAAGAAAGCCACAAGGAGAAAAUCGACUACGAAAUAAGGGAGGAGGAAACAAAGGAAGAAGAUAACAUGGAGAUGAUCGACUUCAGCAAACACGAAUACUCAAAAGAAAAGGAAAAAGAAGUAUUCCUCGGCAAGCUUCGCUGGCGCUGCGACCGCCGUAAAAAAUUAGAGGAAAAUGUAGAAGAGAGGAGGCUACAGGAAGAAGAAUGGACGAGAUUAAGAGAAGAUAACAAGAUAGAAAUCGAAAAACUAUUUGAAAUCUCAACAACAAAAAUAAUAAGGAAGAUAAUAUCACCACGAAUUUAA